GACCAAUUCCAUUCGCUCCGCCACGGCGCGUGCUCCGGCCCCCGAGUCCCCCCCGCUCACCCUCCCCGCCUCCGCGGAAUCGAGGGAUUCCCAAAUCACCGGAGGUGAUCGUGCCGUGCACGCGCGCGGGGGGUUAGGGCUUGUCUGCCCCCGGAAAUGGACGCCGCUGACUCCGGCGGGGGCGGCGCGGCGGAUGCCGGCGAGCCCAUCUGGGACUGGGGCAACCUCCUUGACUUCGUCGUCGACGGUGACGACUCGUUGGUCCUCCCGUGGGACGACGACGCCGCCGGAAUAGGAGCAGCCGACCCCACCGAGGCGGCCGCGCCACCGCUCCCCGCACCUAUGCCGCAGCCGGUGGAGGUGGAAGCGGAGCCGGAACCGGAACCGGAGGCGGAGGCGGGGCCGGUGCUUCCACCGCCCCCUCUUCGGGUGCAGGGGAUCGGGCGCCGCGUGAGAAAGCGGGACCCGCGGCUGGUGUGCCCGAACUACCUCGCGGGGAUGGUGCCGUGCGCGUGCCCCGAGGUGGACGAGAUGGUCGCCGCCGCGGAGGUGGAGGACGUGGCGGCGGAGUUCCUGGCCGGCGCGCGGAAGAAGACUAAGACCGCGGCCCGACGGGGCAAGGCGGGAGCCGCGGGUGUCGGUGGAGUCGCUGGAGGAACUGCCCGUGCGGCGGCGAUGGAGAUGAAGUGCCAGGUGCCUGGGUGUGAGGCGGAUAUACGUGAGCUCAAGGGGUACCACCGCCGGCACCGGGUGUGUCUGCGUUGCGCGCACGCUUCUGCUGUCAUCCUCGAUGGCGUCCAAAAGCGCUACUGCCAGCAGUGCGGCAAGUUCCAUGUUUUACUAGAUUUCGAUGAAGAUAAAAGGAGUUGCAGAAGAAAGUUGGAGCGCCACAACAAAAGAAGACGAAGAAAACCUGAUUCUAAAGGAUUGCUUGAUAAAGAAAUAGAUGAACAAUUGGAUCUGUCAGCAGAUGUUAGCGCCGAUGGUGAACUUAGAGAAGAGAACAUGGAAGGCACAACCAGUGAGAUGCUUGAGACUGUUCUUAGCAACAAGGUUUUGGACAGAGGAACACCUGCAGGAUCUGAAGAUGUGCUCAGUUCACCAACCUGUACACAACCCAGUUUACAAACUGAACAAAGUAAAAGUGUAGUGACUUUUGCAGCUUCUGUUGAAGCCUGCGUUGGUGCAAAGCAGGAAAAUGCAAAACUUACCACCAAUUCUCCAAUACAUGACACCAAGAGUGCCUACUCAUCCUCGUGUCCAACAGGACGCAUCUCAUUCAAGUUGUAUGACUGGAAUCCUGCUGAAUUUCCUCGACGCUUGCGGCACCAGAUAUUUGAGUGGUUGGCUAGCAUGCCUGUUGAAUUGGAGGGUUACAUUCGCCCUGGUUGCACUAUUUUAACUGUAUUUGUUGCAAUGCCGCAGCAUAUGUGGGACAAGUUAUCAGACGAUGCAGCAAAUCUUCUCAGAAACUUGGUAAAUUCCCCUAACAGUCUUCUGUUGGGUAAAGGGGCCUUCUUCAUUCAUGUCAAUAACAUGAUAUUUCAAGUACUGAAAGAUGGAGCAACAUUGAUGGGCACCAGGUUAGAUGUACAAUCCCCAAGGAUCGAUUAUGUUUAUCCAACAUGGUUUGAAGCUGGGAAACCUGUUGAGCUGAUCCUUUGUGGAAGUUCCCUUGACCAGCCAAAAUUCAGGUCACUUCUGUCAUUUGAUGGGGACUAUUUGAAGCAUGAUUGCUACCGUUUAAAGUCUCUUGAUACCUUCAAUUGCAUUGACAAUGGUGAUCUUAUUGUUGAUUCUCAACAUGAAAUUUUCCGAAUAAACAUCACUCAGUCAAGACCAGACAUUCAUGGACCUGCAUUUGUGGAAGUCGAAAACAUGUUUGGAUUAUCAAAUUUUGUUCCUAUCCUUUUUGGUAGCAAACAGCUGUGUUCUGAGCUAGAGAGGAUACAGGAUGCUCUUUCUGGUUCUUCUGACAGUAGCUUAUUUGGAGAGUUACCCGGUGCUCCUUGUGAUCCUUGUGAGCGUCGGAAACUUCAAAUGGCUGCAAUGUCUGGAUUCCUUACAGACAUUGGAUGGCUUAUCAGGAAGCCUGCUCCUGACGAAUUUAAAAAUGUACUGAGUUCAACGAAUAUUCAGAGAUGGGUAUGCAUACUGAAGUUCUUGAUAAGGAAUGAUUUUAUGAAUGUUCUGGAAAUAAUUGUGAAGUCAAUGGACAACAUCAUGGGUUCUGAGGUUCUUUCAAACUUGGAAAAGGGGAGGUUGGAAGAUCAUGUAACAGCAUUUCUUGGAUAUGUAAGCCAUGCUCGAAACAUUAUUGAUUGUAGAGCUAACAAUGACAAGGAAACGCAGCUUGAAACAAGAUUGAUUAGCAUUGAUUCUCCAAAUCAGCGAAGCUUAGGCACUUCUGUGCCACUUGCUAAUGAAAAUGCUGGUGCUGGUGGUGAUAACAAUAUGCACUCGGCUAAUGCAGCUUAUGAGGAAGAAAAUGUCCCACUUGUGACUAGAGAUGUCUCACACAGGUACUGCUGCCAGCCUGAUAUGAAUGCUAGGUGGCUUAACCCCUCGCUAGUUGUUAAGUAUCCUGGUGGUGCCACGAGAAUGCGACUUGGCAUGACUCUGGUAAUUGCCACUGUGUUGUGUUUCACAGCUUGCCUUGUUCUUUUCCACCCCCAUGGAGUAGGAGUGCUUGCAUCUCCAGUAAAGAGGUACUUGUCCAGUGACUCCACAUCAUAGUCGAUGUUAGAUCAGAUCUUUAUUUCCCCCUGUCGCUUUCCUCUGUAUCAUAUGCGCAUUGUUGAGGCAUAGCCUGUGCAUCUGGUUUUGGAAGAGGGCCAACAUACAGGUGCUCUUUCCCGACUGUGCAAACUUGCAUCUUUUCCCUUUUUUUUGUCAGACUGUAAGGAGAUGUGCCAGAAGUUCUGACCUGCUAGUGUAUGGGAAUGUAAACUGCUAUAGUGGUGCGUCAGUUAAUAGAAAAUAGCUUUUGCUGCAAAGAGUGGGUCUCAGUUGUUGGCAUACAAUCUCACAGCAGUGGGUUUCAUUUGACAAUUCGGAGUAGACAAACUGGACAUCACUCCCUUACGCAGUGGAAGGGCUCUAUUUUGUUUCACGAGGCAGAUGUCAUGGGGAACACCAAGGAGUAUGUUGUGUCUCUGAUUGAGAACAAAUGUAGCGCCCGAACCCGGAAAAUGAAAAUCAGUUCAGCCUCCUUUCGAGAAAGUCUAUCCUCAAAUUCCACAACUCGUCGCAGAAGGCAGAACAUGCAGGACAGAGCGGUACUGCGAAACUUUGAUCGCAACAAUGUACCAUGGGCCCUUGAUGAACUGAAUGUUCCACAGACGAACUGUUUACUGCCACACAGUUUCUUUUAAGAAGAUGGGCAAUAAUCAAUAUGCAUCUUCAAAUUGAAAUAGGAGCUCCUUACAGCUCCACUCAAACCGUACAUAAUUCAGUCAUUUCAUCCGUGAAAAUUGUUUGGCCGUGUCCAGCAGCUGCUUUACGGGUCCAAGUAAAGGCCUCAGAACUUCAGAUGAUCUCUGGAAGCCGUUACCAUCGUAGUGCAAGUUUUGCAUGAUCACUGAUUUCACUGUGACCUACUUCAGUGUGACCUAUUUUGAGGUGAAUGUGCAAUGCAAACGUGAAACAUAUGGGGUUCGAAUCA